UAAAUUUGAUCACCCCCACAUUCUGAAAUUGCUCGGCGUGUGUCUACUAAAUGAACCUCAGUACCUCAUACUGGAGCUGAUGGAAGGAGGGGAUCUACUUAGCUAUUUACGAGGAGCCAGGAAGCAAAAGCUCCAGAGUCCCUUACUGACAUUGACUGAUCUCUUGGAUAUAUGUUUGGAUAUUUGCAAAGGCUGUGUCUAUUUAGAGAAAAUGCACUUCAUACACAGGGACCUGGCUGCUCGCAACUGCCUUGUAUCUGUGAAGGAAUAUGAAGGCUGCUCCCGUGUGGUAAAGAUUGGUGAUUUUGGACUUGCCAGAGAUAUCUAUAAAAAUGAUUAUUACAGGAAGAGAGGAGAAGGACUACUUCCUGUGAGAUGGAUGGCCCCUGAAAGCCUCAUUGAUGGUGUCUUUACUAAUCGCUCUGAUGUCUG